AUGGCGGAUCAAGCAUCACAAAUUCGAGAGCAAAUCAUGAAUCAAAUCCCAAGUACAAUUCACAAAUUCCUACAAGGUGUUUCAACACCAAUUCGAAUACUGGGUGACACACCCAACAGCUUGCUCGACUCUGGAGAUUAUCUAGCAUCUUUACGUCCAUUCGUCUCGAAGACUGAGAGUUCCAUUCGUGAUUGCUGUCCAGACAUCCAAACUUGUUUCAUAGCUGUGAACAUAUACCCCGGGAACCAUGCUUUUUUCGUUCUAGACGUCAACAAUGUCGAUUACGUCUACGAGACAGCUCACACUAAUACAACACCAAUUCCUAUCUACGUUCUGCGCCUGUCUAAGAGGAAAAUCAGCAUCACCAGACAGCAUGGGCUAGACGCUACAAUUGCUGAGAGAGUUAGAGCGAUGCAUAAUGGGCAUGGGGAUGACCCUCUACCAUUGCUUGAUGAUUUCAAUCAGACUGUUGAAUAUCACAGUCCGCGCAAUCUUCGGCGUUAA